GAGCCCUAGGCUCAAACUGACGUCCGAGUCCCACCACGCUGGUGGUGGCCUCGGUCAAAGCGGCAUCUCACAACUGGGAUGUUCUUGUAGAAAAUGCCUAGACGGGAAUGCAAGGUUCUCCAAACGGACCAGGUCUAGUGGCCUUGGUGUGCAAGCCUGGCAAUUUACCAGAAGUGCUGGCAGAGGAGUUCUAAAGUCCCAGACGCUACUUUUCUGCUUCCUGAUAUUAAUUACUUGAUCUGGAAGUCAGGGUGGUCCAGACAGGAGAAGAGAGGAGUGUCCUCCAGACACACGCCUCACGGACACAGUCCUCUGAAACCAGAAGCCCACUGCCUUUAACAGCAGAUACACACAGAAACCUUUCCCUUGACCCGUGGCAGAAGCCAGGAUGGAAACUUCAAUCACCGCAAAGGACCAUGACGUGACCAUAGAAUACGACCAUGGAGACCAGACCCUGCAUCACACGGUAGAAGAGAGGACCUUUGGGGCCCAGCUGCUGCCCGCCUUGUACUCGGCGGUGUUUGUCAUAGGCCUGAUCGGCAACAUCCAGAUGUUGCUGGUCCUCGUGAAAUACAAGAGGCUCAAAAAGGUAUCUGACAUCUACCUCCUCAAUCUGGCCAUUUCUGACCUCACCUUCCUCUUCACGUUGCCCUUCUGGAUCGACUACAAGGUGAAGGAUGACUGGGUUUUCGGUGACGCCGUGUGCAAGUUGCUCUCUGGGCUGUUCUUUGUGGGCUUGUACAGUGAGAUCUUCUUCAUCAUGCUGCUGACCAUUUACAGGUCCGUGUUGCCUAGCUACAUCUGCAUCCCCCAGAGGGUUCGUACCCCCACCUUUGGUGUCAUCACCACCAGUGUCACCUGGGUCUUGGCCAUCUUGGCUUCUAUCCCUGGCUUCUACUUUUCUAAGGCCCAGUCAUGGUUCACCCACUACACCUGCAGUCUUCAUUUUCCUCCUGAAAGCCUCAGAAGGUGGAGGCAGUUACUGGCUCUGAAACUGAACAUCUUGGGGCUGAUACUGCCUCUAUUGGUCAUGAUCAUCUGCUACAGACCGAUUAUAAAGAUUCUGUUCAGAAGACGAAAUGAGAAGGCCAAGGCCACUGUGCGUCAGAUUUUUGUCAUCAUGAUCACCUUCUUUCUCUUUUGGACACCCUACAAUCUGACUGUGUUUGUUUCUGCUUUCCAAGAUUCCCUGUGUGAGCACUGCAGCCAGCUGGACUUGGCCAUUGAAGUGACAGAGGUGAUUGCAUAUGCGCACUGCUGCGUCAACCCCAUAGUCUAUGUCUCUUCCCCCGGAAAGUACCGCUGGGUUCUAUGGGACUUGCUCUGUCAGCUGACUAUAUUUCGCUGCUUCCUCCACAAGGAGGCAGGAGAGGGUUCACUCCAUGUCCAUUUCACAGGCAAGGAAGAAAGAUGUUCUGUGGUCCAUCCAGGACCCAACAACCUUCACCAGCCAAGAUGCUGACUGGGGAGGAGGCAACUUGGGUCUCCCAGCCAGAUUCUGACUCCUGACCUGGAAUUGUAGCCACAUGGGGUUGAGGGAGCUCCAAGGUGUUCCAGACAAAAAUCACUGUUAGGGUUUGAUUUUUCUCCAUGAAAUUCUGUUUGGUGGGAAAUGAGAUGAAUAGAUGAGAUGGUGGAAAUGAAUAAAUGAAGUCGGACAUCCCAGAAGACUGGGUCAAAGGAUGACAGAGAAGGGCUUGGUACCAAAGAGAAGUUCAGAUUGUUGAACAGUAAGAUUUGUAAACUAGUCAUUGAGCAUCUGCUACCCUCACCCCCAUGACCAGUGAUCUUGGAAAUAGGGAUUUUCAUAGUUGCCUCCACUCUGAGCAGAGAAGCCAAGCAGGAACUGGCAGCCACCUCUCACCUCCCCAGCCCCACUCCCAGGGCAACAUUUAGGCUCUUGGAAACCCUGAGGAAUCUAGAACUCCUGAUGGAAGAACUUGACACCUAAUAGGAAAUAGGAUUGGGGAACUGCUGUUGGCAGUGAAGCUAAGAAAGCCCUUGGAUGGAAUUUUUAUAGUCACUAAAAUCAACAAAUGCAGGCAGCGGGCUAGACACAGACAAAAUGUAUAAACUGCUAUACUUCUUGAAAUUGCCAUGGAACAGAGGUAGUCAUUACUUCCUUUUACCAUUCCUGUCUUUUGAAUAUUUUUCAGAAUUUCCCUUCCUUCUCAGUUGAGAGAUGCAGCAGUAAUUUCUGACAGCUUUACUGCAGAAAUUAUUACCAGGCAAAAGGGGAUAGGGUUGAUUUUCUCCCUCUGGACCUCCAUUCAGACCUUAUAGUUGUAUGGAUCAGAGUUCUGGCUGCCACCUUGGACUGAUCAGCAGGACAGUGACCUGGUGUGCAGAGUUUGAGGCUGGCAGGGAGGGCAACAUCUACCAGGAAGGCUGGGACUCUGUCAGUGUAGGAAGUCAAGGACCACUUGACUCAAAGAAAUUCAUUUACCCUAAAGGUCCUUAAUAUCUCAGCUCUCACCUGAAUUGAGAUAGGACCUCUUAUCCGUCAUGCCUUUCUUCCUUUUUCCCUUAGAUGUACAUUUCUCUAAAAAUGAUUUUCCCAGUUAAAAAAGUUGUUUCCAGUAAAAGCUGAAAAACACAAAAGGAGAAAAAACGAACUUCAGAAUUAUUCAUAAUCCCCUAUGCAGAGGCAGCACUGUACAUUCUUUGAUGGGUUAAUAUUUUCUUUUAGUUUUCCCUCUUCUGUACAUGUUUAUGUUUACAAAUAAGAUGAACUUCAACUGUAGUUACUCUUCUGCUGUUGUUUUUUUAAGUAGCAGUAUGUGGGGGAUCACUUUCCCAGGCAAUAAGUCAUUUCAAAGCA